CGGUUCGUCACAGCGAAAGAGAGAGAAAGGACAAACAGUGAGGAGAGAGCGAGAGAGAGAGAGAGAGAGAGAGAUCACACUCCACUGCAGGAUUCAAUGGAAUUCUUUUGAGUGGUUAUCUCUCUCUUGGGGUUUUGAUUUUUUGACGAUCGACGACAGAGGGGCACACCGGGGCAAUUUCGCUUUGUGUUUGAUUGGGUAUUGGUCGAAAGUUCACAUAAUCGGUUAAGAAAUUCUGGGGAGAUUCUUGAAUUGCUAGACUGCAGAAAUAUGGCUGGAUCGGAUGAGAACAACCCAGGAGUUAUUGGGCCCCAAAAUCUUCAAGGGGGCUUGCGUGGAGGAGUGGGGAAGUUUCCAACGGCCGCAGCAGGACACAACCGGAGAGCUUUGAGCAACAUCAACCGAAACAUUAUUGGGGCUCCACCGUAUCCUUGUGCAGUCAACAAGAGAGGACUAGCAGAAAGGAAUGCUGCAAUAUGUGAUAAGAAUCCACCUAUUCCGGCUCAUCGACCAAUUACUAGGAAGUUUGCUGCCCAGAUGGCUAACUUGCAACAACCAAAACUGGAGGAAACUAAGAGUUCACUCCUGCCAGAAGAUAGUACUAUUAUUGAUGUAGAGGAUCACAAGGCAGCAGGUGAUGUACCAAUGUUUGUGCAACAUACAGAAGCAAUGCUGGAAGAGAUUUACCGCAUGGAGGAGGUUGAAAUGGAAGAUGUAGUUGAAGAGGCAGUGGUGGAUAUAGACAGUUGUGAUAAGAAGGAUCCACUUGCAGUUGUCGAGUACAUUGAUGAUUUAUAUGAAUUUUACAAGAAAGCCGAGGCAUCCGGCUGUGUCUCACCGAGUUACAUGUUGCAGCAAUUUGACAUAAAUGAGAGAAUGAGAGGUAUUCUCAUUGAUUGGUUAAUCGAGGUGCACUACAAGUUUGAGCUAAUGGAGGAGACCUUAUAUCUUACCAUCAAUCUCAUUGAUCGAUUUUUAGCGGUUCAACCAAUGGUGAGGAAGAAACUUCAGCUUGUAGGAGUUACUGCCAUGCUUCUCGCAUGCAAAUAUGAAGAAGUAUCUGUCCCGGUUGUAGAAGAUCUCAUUCUGAUAUCUGACAAGGCUUACAGCAGAAAAGAAGUGCUUGAAAUGGAGAAGUUAAUGAUCAAUACCUUGCUGUUUAAUCUAUCCGUUCCCACUCCAUAUGUGUUUAUGAGAAGGUUUCUGAAAGCCACCCAAGCCGACAAGAAGCUCGAGUUACUCUCGUUCUUCAUGAUCGAGCUUUGCCUUGUCGAGUAUGAAAUGCUCAAGUUUCCACCUUCUUUGUUAGCUGCCGCUGCAAUUUACACAGCUCACUGUACUCUGAGUGGCUCUAGACAAUGGAGUAAGACCAGUGAGUGGUACUCCAACUACUCAGAAGAGCAGCUACUGGAAUGCUCAAGAAUGAUGGCUACUUUCCAUCAAAAUGCAGCAACCGGGAAGCUAACGGGUGUCCACCGGAAGUAUUGCACAUCAAAGUUUGGUUAUGCUGCUAAAACUCGGCCUGCCAGCUUUCUCAUGGAGGUCCCAGAAUAGGAAAGGAAGAGAUAUUCUGAGUUUUUAUCCAAUCAAUGGUGGAGUGGAAGAUGAAAUGCGGCAACUUUAGUUGCCCUGUGUAGAAGCUUAAGGGGGAGGUUCAUUGAGUUCAUGAACAUACGUGCCCAGUGAGUCACUUUGUAUGUUUUUUUUUUGAGCGUUGAUGUAGAGAACACAACUGUUUCUUCUUUUUGCCAGGAGUAAAAAUAACAAACGUUCAUGGUCUUUCUUUU